CCGCCGCUGCUUUCACUAGUUCUUUGUUUCUGGAGGAGAGAGGUAGUUUACUUGCUGUCAUGUCUGGUCGCGGGAAAGGCGGAAAGGGUCUCGGGAAAGGAGGAGCCAAGAGGCACCGCAAAGUCCUCCGGGAUAACAUCCAAGGCAUCACCAAGCCAGCCAUUCGCCGCUUGGCUCGCCGCGGAGGUGUCAAGCGUAUUUCGGGCUUGAUCUACGAGGAAACCCGGGGCGUCCUGAAGGUCUUCCUGGAGAAUGUGAUCCGCGAUGCUGUGACUUACACCGAACACGCCAAGAGGAAGACCGUCACCGCCAUGGAUGUGGUCUAUGCCCUGAAGCGCCAGGGCCGCACUCUGUACGGAUUUGGCGGCUAAGUUUAGGAAAGACAUCUAAAUCAACUCAAAGGCCCUUAUCAGGGCCGCCCACACUUUCACCAAAAGAACUGAGGUUACUUAAGGAGGUGCCAGAAAAGAUUUCUGAAUUAAUACAACUGAAGCUUUUAUAGAAUUUAGGGAAGAUUGCAAGAAGUCUACAUCUUGGGUUGCUGUGAGUUUUCUGGGCUGUAUGGCCAUGUUCUAGAAGCAUUCUCUCCUGACGUUUUGACCACAUCUAUGGCAGGCAUCCUCGAGUUGUGAGGUCUGUUGGAAACUAGGAAAGUGAGGUUUAUAUAAGUAUCAAAGGUACAGGGUGGGUGAAAGAACUCUUGUCUGUUGGAGGCAAGUGUGGAUGUUGCAGUUGGCCAGCUUGAUUAGCAUUGAAUGGCCCUGCAGCUUCCUGCCUGGGGGAAUCCUUUGUUGGGAGAUGUUAACUGGCUCUGAUUGUUUCCUGGUUUGAUUGACGUACUUCAGUGCUUUGUAAUCAUAGCAGCUGUAGUUUGGGGAGGCACCAGCACUAGCAGAGAAGGCUUAAGACCUUAAAACUACAAGUUGCACAUUCAAUUGCAUUAAGCAAUGGCAGUUUAAAGUGUCAAACUGCAUUAAUUCUACAGUGUAGGCACACCCCCAGAGUUUAUUUAUAAGGGUAUAUUUAUAUAGUUGGAGUCUAGUAUGCUUCAUUUAAUCCUCUCAACCAGCCUCCAUUGUCUUACCUUCCAGGCUCUUGCUUGGAACCGGUUUUUGGCUUUUUUAAUGCUAUUUUCUAAGUUCAGCCUGGUUUUUUUCUUCCUCAUUCCUCACAAACUAUUCCUCAAUCUCUUCAAGACUGCUUUUAAGAGGAAACUGAAAAAUGAACAAAAUUUGGCUGCCAGUAUUUUUUAAAAAAACUCUAAAAUCAGGACAGCAAAUAAAGAACAACAUCCAAAAAUGGGAAUUCCAAAUAGGAAACAAUCAGGGCCAGCUAACACCUUCCAAAAAAGUUUUAAGUUACUACAUGGCCCCCCAGGCAGGAAGCAGCCAGGUUUUGAAGCUGCGAUGCCAUUCAAUGUUAAUCAAGCCGGCCAAACUGCAACAUUCGCACUUGCCUCAAACAAAGAGUUCUUUCCCCCAACCUUCACUUUCCAGAUAUAUUCCACAGAUAUAUCAACCCCAAUUGCCUAGUUUCAAACAGACCUCACAACCUCUGAGGAUGCCUGCCAUAGAUGUGGGUGAAACAUCAGCAGAGAAUGCUGCUGGAACAUGGCCAUACAGCCUAGAAAGCUCACAGCAAUCCACUCAUUUUUGUUUAAAUGCACCUAUUCCCUGGAAAGUAAAGAAACUUGCAAAGAUAAA